AUGGCGGACGACGCCGAGCACGCGGACGUGCUGCAGCAGUUCCUGUCGAUCACGGGCAGCGACGAGGGCGUCGCGCUCAACGUACUUGAGAACACCGACUGGCGGCUUGAGGACGCCGUGCGCGCGGCGGACCCCGUCAGAAUGGAGCGGCUGUAUGAGCCCAUGCACGGCCUGCCUCACGGCCACCACGCCGGCGGCGGCCGCGGGGGCGGCGGCGCGGGCGGCGCCGGCGGGCCCGUUCCUAUGGGCGGCAGAUUCGGUGGCCACCCGGGCGGCCCUGGCGCGCACAUGGGCGCAGAGCCCGGCUACGUCGACGCGUUCCGCGACUUUGAGGCCGAGGCGCGCCGCGCGGGCGCCAGCGGCAGCGGCGGCGGAGGCGCGCCCGCGGCGGGCGGCGCCGGUGCAGGGGCUGCGGGCGCGGCAGCGGCGGGGGGCGGGCUCUCCGACCUGUUCAGGCCGCCUGAGAAGAUCCUGUUCAAAGGGCCGUUCGAGGCCGCGAAGGCAGCAGCCAACAGCCAGGGGCGGUGGCUGCUCGUCAACAUCCAGGGCGCCUCGGAGUUCGCUUCCCACAGGUUGAAUCGUGACACCUGGCAGGAGCCGCUGCUGCAGGACAUGCUCACAGGGAUGUUCGUUUUCUGGCAGGCGUACGACACCACACCCCAGGGGGCCGCCGCGAUCCGCGCGUACCACCUUGCAUCCCUCCCCGCCAUCUUCAUUAUCGACCCCAUCACGGGCUCCAAGAUUUGGGAGCGCACCGGCUUUGUGGCGGCGGAUACCUUGGUGGAGGAGCUCGUGCCCUUCAUGGACGCGGGGCCCUCAGACCCCGCGGCCUCGCGCCUCGCGCAGCAGGCGCGACUCAGCGCCUGCCUGCUUGGAUCCCCGUUUUCUGAGCAGCGGCAUGCGGCUGCUGCGGCGUCGCUGGCGGGCAAGCGCAAGGCGGCGGGGCCGCCGGCCGCCCCCCGGACUGAGGACGAGGAGCUGGCCCUUGCGCUGGCCAUGAGCGUGGAGAUGUUGGCGGCGGGGAGUUUUGCUCUCGUUGCUGAGUGA